CUUCGGCUAUUUUGCUUAAUUAUCUGGGACUGGGAGGAAACGAAAAUGGGGAGAAUCGAUUAUCUGGCGGUGAAAACCGAUCCGGUGGUGGAGGAUUCGAUCAAUUCUGAUGCAAACGAGCUCAGGGCGGCCACAAGGAAGCUGAUCAAAGAUGCAACUAAACUUGGCGGAAUUGGGUUUGGAACAUCUUUUCUCAAAUGGGUCGCUUCUUUUGCGGCUAUUUAUUUGUUGAUAUUGGAUCACACAAAUUGGAGAACAAAUAUGUUAACAUCACUUCUGGUGCCUUACAUUUUCUUCAGUCUUCCUUCAGUGCUGUUCAACUUUCUUAGAGGAGAGGUUGGCAAAUGGAUUGCUUUCAUUGCCGUUGUGCUGAGGCUUUUCUUCCCAAGACAUUUUCCAGAUUGGCUGGAGAUGCCAGGUUCCUUGAUUCUACUGCUGGUUGUGGCUCCCAACUUCUUUGCAGAGACCCUGAGGGGCAGCUGGGUUGGUGUUUUAGUAUGUCUCAUCAUUGGUUGUUACCUGUUGCAAGAGCAUAUUCGAGCCUCGGGAGGAUUCAGGAACUCAUUCACACAAAGCCAUGGAAUAUCCAACACCAUUGGCAUCAUCCUUCUACUAGUCUUUCCUAUCUGGGCUUUGGUACUUCACUUUCUCUAAGCUAGUAUGCUUCCAUCUUUAAUGUAAGAUUUCAACUUCCAUGGUCAGUGUGAUACCUGGUUCAUUUUUUGUAAGCAAUUAAAAUUUAGUUUCAUG